UGGGUCACGAGGCGGACGUGGCACACAUAGCCGGCAGUUGUUUCGUCUGACACCGUAGUUCUCGCGUACGCAAGCCGCUAAAGAAACUCUAUAUUAUGAUCGGAAAUUGAGUGUCGUGCUCUUUUAAAGAGUGUACAUAUGUUAAAUCGUGCUCGAACUCGUGGCAAACGAGAUUGGUGUAGGCGCGUGGGCCUCAUUCUAGGCCUCCUCGUGAUGCAACAGGUGCCAGCCCGGCACCAUGCCAUGGCCGUCAAUGCAGCUUUACAGCAACAGCAGCAGCACCACCACGGUUCUCCUGCUAUCGGUCCUGCAAGCGGCUCUAACCGCAAUGCUUGCAACGGUGGUAUCGGCGGCGGCGGCCACAACGGCGGCGGUCACAUCAAGGGGCCCGAGGACGCGUGCGCACUGUGGUCGCGCGCGCAUCGGCGCGAGAUCGAGCAGGAAAAUCCCGACAUGCUCUACAAGGAGGUAUCCAAGCGUCCGAGCGCCGCAUGGAAGCAGCUAAACGAGGACGACAAGCGGCCGUUCAUCGACAAGGCCAAGCGGCUACGCGAGCAGCACAAGCGGGACUACCCGGACUACAAGAAGCCUCGAAGCAAGCCCAAGCCUCCGACGUCCAAGAAGUCGGACCAGCCUUACGGCAUGCCGGCCGGCGCGUACUACGUCACGGACUCGCACAGCGCCUAUUUGCACCACCAUAAGGGGAUGGCCUUCUUUCGCGACACGUUCAACACAGCUGAGACAGCCGACGCUGCCCCGUGGGAGAACGUCUGGAGCAUGAUGCCUGAUCAGAAGCCGCAGCAGAGUUCGCCACUAUGCUUCUCGAGCAGCCCGGCGCCGCCUGGCACCUACUCGCCUUGCCUUCCGGAAAUGAAGCCGUACGAGGCGGAACCCUGCGAGGAACUGUGGGAUCUCUUGCAGGCCUUCUUUCACAACGCGUUCAACACAGCUGAGACAGCCGACGCUGCCCUGUGGGAGAACCUCUGGAGCGUGAUGCCUGAUCAGCAGUCGCAGCAGAGUUCGCCACUAUGCUUCUCGAGCAGCCCGGCGCCGCCUGGCACCUACUCGCCUUGCCUUCCGGAAAUGAAGCCGUACGAGGCGGAACCCUACGAGGAACUGUGGGAUCCCGUGCACAGCGGAUCGGGAUCACGGUUCUCCGAAGUUUACGGAGUGUACCAAACCUCGGUACUCACCUCUACCGUUGUGUCAACCGGAUACCCAGACGCGGCUGCCGCCACUGCCACCGCGUACACGUAUGGCGGAGGACCCGGUUACACCAUAAAAUAAAGAACCGUGACA